GUAUUGAUUUUACAAAAACCCAACCCGUCAUUCACGCGUUAAAUAUCGAAACCUCCUAAAGCCCUAACGCCUAAUCGUUCGUCUCUUACUUAUCGCCGCCGCUAGCUCCUUCCUCCACGGGCCACCGUCUCCCUCCGCAGGUUGAGGGAAUCAUCGAAGAUGUACCUCCAGUUCUACAUCAAUGAGAACGGAGACAAGGUUUACACCACCAAGAAAGAGACUCCAGUGGGGUUGCCAACACAAUCUGCACAUCCAGCUCGUUUCUCUCCGGAUGACAAGUAUUCCAGGCAACGGGUGCUUCUGAAGAAGCGGUUUGGUCUACUUCCAACCCAACAGUCGCCCUUGAAGUACUAAACCAUUCCACGAUGAGCUGAGCUGGUGAACCAUAUCCAUCCAUUCGCUUUGGUUGCGUCAAGCAUUCGUUCUUCGAUUCUAAAGCGUGUUUGGAUGGACCACCUUCUGAUUUUGCUCAAGUUUUGAAGAAAAUGGACUCAAAUAAAUUCAUUGUACCACUACCUUUUUGCUAUGUUGCUUUUCUUGCUAUUGGUCAAAAAGUUGGAAAAAUUAAA